CGGGCGGUGGGGCGGCGGUGGGCCUUGCCGAGCUGCCUGCGGCGGGAGGCACCUGCCAUGAAUCCGCCGGGAUCCCUGGGGAUCCUGGAGGACAAGGAGAAGGAACGCUUGUCCACCCCGAUUCUCGGGCCAUCCAUACUCUCUGACAACCCUUACGAGCGGAUCCAGGCCCGGCGCCUCCGCAUCGCCGCGCGCCUGGAAGCCCGGAGGCGGGAAGCACUUGGAGAAUAUUUAGAUGGAAAGAAAGAGAGUGAGGAAGAUCAAAGCAAGAGCUUCAAGCAGAAAGAAGAAAGCAGACUGAAAUUGGCUAAACUGUUGCUCUGUGGCACUGAGUUGGUGACAAAUAUCCAGGUAGCUGCCGAUAUUAGAGAGAUCCACAGGAGAGUGGAAGAAGAGGAGAUAAAGCGUCAGAGACUUGAAAAGCUGGAGAACGAAGUCAAGACGAGCCAGGACAAAUUUGAUCAAAUCACUGUGAGGUGGGAGGAGGGCAAACAGAAGCGAAUCCCCCAGGACCUGUGGGACAUGCUCAACACCCAGAAGGCGCACUGUGCGGGGCUGAUAGAAGACAAGAACAAGCUUAUCAGCGAGUUACAGCAGGAGUUAAAAACAAAAGAUGACCAGUAUGUGAAGGAUUUGAAGAAACAGUCAGACGACAUCUGCGUGCUCCUGGAGAGGAUGGAAGAGCAAGUGAAGAACGUGAUGAAAAGCUUCCGUCAAGAGCUCAAUUACAUUGAGAAAGCAUUUGAGAUGGAGCGACAAGACCUGCUGACCAGUAAUAAGAAGACCUGGGAGCAGGCCCUGCAGGCUCACAAAACCAAAGAGCUGGAGUAUCUUCUGAACCGUAUCAAGAAGGUGGAGGACUAUGAGAAGCAGCUGAACAAGCAGCGAGAAUGGGACUGUGAAGAGUACAACAAGAUCAAGAUCAAGUUGGAGCAGGACGUGCAGAUUCUUGAGCAGCAGCUCCAGCAGAUGAAAGCAACUUACCAGCUAAACCAAGAGAAGUUGGAGUACAACGUCCAAGUGCUGAAGAAGAGAGACGAAGAGAGCACGGUGAUUAAGUCCCAGCAGAAAAGGAAGAUCAAUCGCCUGCACGAUAUACUUAACAAUCUGAGAUCGAAAUACGCCAAGCAGAUCAGGCAAUUUCAGGAGGAGAACCAGUCCCUAACCUCUGACUACAAACACCUUGUGACGCAGUUCAAGGAGCUACAGAAAGCCAUAAGGCAUUUUGCUUUUAUUGACGACAAGCGGUUUCGAGAGAUUUGGCUGAUGAAUGAAGAGGAGGCGAAGGAUCUAAUAAACAGAGCCUUCGAUGUGGACCGGAUCAUCCACACCCAGCACCUGGGGCUCCCGUGGACGGCACCUGACUUCUGGUUCCUGAGGAAUGUGGGACCUAUAUCUCAGCAGCCGCAGAGAUCUGCGACACAGAUUUUAGAAGAAGUGCUGUUGCAAACAGAAGAGGAGGGGACAGAGGAGGCCGCCUCAGAAGCAGAGUCUUACCUCGACCUGCCAAAGCAAAUUUCCAUGAAAACGACCAGAAAGAUCCUCAUGCUUCUGUGUGACGAGUCGGGUUUCCUCAUAGAGAGCAAGCUGCUGAGCCUUCUCCGUCCCCUGGAGAGAAGCGAGUGCUAUCUGCUGAAGUUGGACGCCAUCUUCUCAGCCCUUGGAAUUGAAAGUGAGGACGACUUGUAUAAACUGGUGAACUUCUUCCUCAAAUACCGAGUUUAUCAUUCACCCUCCAGUCAGGAGCAAACAAGCCUGACAUUGGCCCUGGACUCAGGAGAGCAGGCAGACCUCAAGAGACAGAAGGAGGGAAGCCUUGUGGAAGGGGAGCCAGAAGAGAAGGCCCCCCCUUCUCCCACGCUCAUCCACCCCAACGAGGUCCUCAAGAUCCUGGAAGCCUUUGUCAUGGGUCUAAAGAAGCCCAGGGACUCUCCAACACCAGUGAGGCUGGUGAAGUACUUGCGAGAUAACUCGAAGGACUCUGCGUAUUGGGAGGCCCUGGCCACGGUUAUCCCUCCCGCCACGCUGAACCUCUGGGACGCUCUGUACACAGCCUUGGAGAAAUACCACGUCGUCCUGACCCAGAGGGCCAAGCUGCUGAUGGAAAACAAGGCCCUGGAACAGCAGAACACGGAGCUCCAGAUGCUGCUUCAGCAGUACCUAGAUUCCAAGAUCAACUCUGAAUUGCAUGUCCCACCAACUCAGGUGUUACGGGUGCCCACAAAAUAGAGCCGGGCCUCUACAGGUGCAUGCCAGUGCCGGGGCUGGCAUGGUCCCCCCAGGAGCCACCGGGGACGACUCUGGGUUUGCUAGAGCUGCUGUGAUAGGGCCUGUCGAAAUAAGGCCACAGGAGGAGUUACUUGCAUCCUGUAGUCGUGAUUAAAGUCUUUAAAAAGUUGUA